UCUCUUUGGCUCUUGCGCUUUCUGCGGCCUCGCGUUGAUGAUGUCAGAGUUGACGGGGGGGAAAGACUCACAGUCGGGUCGGACUUGCGCUGGAUGAGUCGUGCGUGACUGCGCUCUACACAACCCCCCACCACCACCGUACAUACCCCCGGUGUCUAUAGUCUAUGACUGUACUGUGCUGCUCGUGUGUGUGUCUCUCUCUCUAUACAGUGGACUAACAACAUUGUUGAUGUACUACGGCAUCCGAUAUUUUCCAUGUGACUAUACACCAUCAAAACAUCGGGGAGUUGAUCGUUAGAAUAGUUUUCCAGCCGCUGGAGAUUAAUUAGCGUGUCGAAAUGAAUCGCCCCGUGUUGUUUGUCUGAACUGAGGUGCAGUGCAGAAAUAAUUUAAGCCUCUCAAACAGUUGGAAAUAAAGAGCCAGUAGUCCGGCGUACACCAAGAAAAGGAUGAACAGGUAUCGAAUUCUGGGAAGGAUCGGCGAUGGGGCUUACGGAUCGGUCGUUUUGGCCAUCAAACUGGAUUCCGGCGAGAAAGUGGCCAUUAAAAAAAUGAAGCGAAAGUGCCACUCGUGGGAGGAGGCGAUGAACCUUCGUGAAGUCAAGUCUCUGAAAAAGUUGAGUCAUCAGAACGUGGUCAAACUCAAAGAAGUCAUCCGGGAAAAUGAAACGCUCUUUUUCGUCUUUGAGCACAUGAAGGAGAACCUCUACCAGCUCGUGAAAGAGCGUUACGAACGAGGGGAGAAGUCGCUACCGGAACCGGCGCUCAAGGAAAUCGUGAUCCAGAUCCUGCAGGGCCUCGCUUACAUGCACAAACACGGCUUCUUCCACCGUGAUCUCAAGCCGGAGAACGUGCUCUGCAACGGGACAGAAAUGGUCAAGCUCGGUGAUUUCGGGUUGGCCAGGGAGAUCCGGUCGCGGCCGCCUUUUACCGACUACGUCUCCACCAGAUGGUACCGGGCUCCCGAAGUCCUGCUCCACUCGACAAACUACAACAGCGCCAUCGAUAUGUGGGCCGUGGGCUGCAUGAUUCCCGAACUCUACACCUUCCGGCCUCUAUUCCCCGGCUCCAGUGAGAUUGACCAGCUUUUCAAAGUUUGCGCUCUCCUCGGAACACCCACAGAGAGUCAAUGGCCCGAUGGCUAUCAACUAGCGUCCAAAAUGCAUUUCAAAUUCCCGCAAUUCAACAACUCGUCGCUCAACCAGCUGCUGAUACAAGCCAGUCCCGAGGCCGUCAAACUCGUCAAUUUACUACUUCAGUGGAAUCCGGCAAGGAGACCGUCAGCCCAGCAAGCUCUCAACCAUUCGUUUUUCGCACGGUCGAGUCACAAUUCGUCGGCCAUGUCGUCCAGCAAAACCUGGUUAGGUGGGACCGGUCGGGUCCUGUCGACCUCGACAACAUCGGGCGUCAAAUUUCUGGGGCCGAACCGUUCCAGCAGCAUGCAGCCUCACCUGCAGCAGCAGCAGCAACACUCGGCUAUUCACCUGAAAUUGUCUUCGGAUGCCAGACUCUCUGAACAACGACAAGUCGUUCAAUCGGAGCCGGCCCGGCCCAAGCCUCAAUGGCCCGACGACGACACGAAGAAAGAAACCAAUAAGCACCUGGAAGACGACGAUGGCUUCGAAGACAUUUUCCAGGGAUUAUCCUUGGCCAACGAUGUGAAUUCUUUCGUUCAAAACGCGCCACAGCAGAUAUCUAGAGUGUACAACAGCCACAGUUCCAACCCGAUCAAGUCCAAAUACCCCGUCAGCGGAACAAUGUUGCCCGUCAGCUACACCAGUCCGGCCAUGAUCGCUAGCGCUCCGCCAGUUGUAUCGGCCGCAUCGACCCGCAUGUCCGUCCCAACGUCGGGGGCCGUCACGGAGAGGAUUCCGAGGCUCGUCAGCGGACGGACGGACUGGGCUGCCAAAUACCUGAAGACCAGCACCAAGUAUUCCAAAUGAAUAUACCGGGCUUCACCACCACCAUUAAAUCUAAGAAGAAAAACAAAUUAUUUGUAUUCAAAAGAUCUCUAAACCCUAUAUUCGAAUUUAACUCUGGUCAGAGUUUGUAUCAUAUUUCUAUUGAACGACGAAGUCGUCUUGUGUCACACAUAUAUAAACAAU